CAGUAAAAGAUUCUGGUCUACGAGACGCUGGUUCUGGUUCUGGUUCUGGUGUAUAAACUGGUCCUGGUCCGGGAUGGAGACCCAGAUCCUGCUGGUCCUGCUGGUCCUGGUCUCAGCGCUGCCCUCCACAGAAGCAGCUCUGCAUCUGUCCGACCCCCGUCUCUGUUACCUGCUGGACUGUUUCCUGGGUCUGUACGGGCUGGUGGUGACGGGGAUGUUCCUGAGAGAGAAGUUCUUCAAAACCAAAGCGAAGGCGUUGGACGAUGCCCUUUACUCCGACCUGAGAGAACCUGGAACAUCAGAUAUUGAAGGAGGAAGAAGAAACCGCAGGACGCCGGACGACUCCACCUACACGGACUGGAAGAAACAACCGGGCGGGAUUUACAAGGAGCUUCCUGUCAAGAGAGAGCGCCAGAAGAAGAACGACCCAGUGUACCAGGGUCUCAGCUCGGCCACCAGAGACACGUACCAGUCCCUGCAGAUGCAGCCGCUUCCUGCCCGUUAACAACCCGCUAACCGCUAACGUCCCCGCUAACCGCUAACGGACGAACUGGCUGAAGUUUCUCUAUUAAAUGAGCAGACGGGUCUUCUGUUUUUUAAAGAUUUAAAGGUGUGACGAGUCCCAAAACAGACAAAAAACGUGUUUCUGAAGGUACGUUUUGUUAGCAUUUGAGCUAACAUUUGUUAGCCUUUAAGCUAGCAUUUGUUAGAAUAAAUGCAGAUUUUUCUGAAAAAAACUAAACAAAUAUGAAUAUUUAGAUGACAAGUCCCAAAACAGACAAAAAACGUGUUUCUGAAUGUAGGUUUUGUUAGCAUUUAAGCUAACAUUUGUUAGCCUUUAAGCUAACAUUUGUUAGAAUAAAUGCAGAUUUUUCUGAAAAAAGAACAAAACAACUAUGAAUAUUUGGAUGAGUCGGGCGGAAUAAAAGUUUUUUAAGCCUAAACUUUGUACGUUAACAUGCCGUCUCUGGUGUUUAUGCUCCUGAGUGAUUUGCUGUUGCCAUGGAAACGUAAAACUCCUGCAUUUAAGCUAACAUUUGUUAGCAUAAAUACGCGUAAAACUACUCCUUCUGGUUAUUGACUUUGCAUCCGAUCCAAAUAAAUUUUUUUGAAGCAAAACGGCAUCGCAGCUAGCGCAGCGUGAAAAACCAGCAGGUUUUAGAUAAAAACAAACUAGUUUCCGUUGUUUGACCGUAGUUAGCGUUUGUAGCUACCAGGUUCUCGUUAGCAUUAGCAGCGUGUUAGCAGCAUGUUUUGGUGCUAAUCAACUGCAACUAGUGGCCGUUACUUCCUCCUACAAUCCCAGUUUAGUGUUAAUCAUUAAUUAAUCGUUACACAGGAUAAUUGUGAUAUUGAAACAAAAUAUUAUUGAAAUAGAUAAAUUGAAUAUUUAAAUAGUGUCGCUUUUUUGGAAAGUAUUUCAUAAAUUAAAUGUUAAGUUUGAAGAUUCCGUCUGGAUUUGAAGUUUUUAUUCCACUUGUAGAUACUGAGAUGUAAAAAGAAAAAGACGGAAACAUUAACUGCAGUUUUACAUCAGUUUUAUCUGCUUUUAUAUCAUUUAAAGCUCGUUUAGUUUGUAAAAUCUGUCUCAAGUCGACAUGAACGGAGUCCAAAAGAUGGAAAUAUUAAAUAAAACUAUAAAAAGUUCAGAAAAAAACGUCCUGCUAACCAACAACGUUAAUCACGGCUUGGUUAAAAGGUCGGUCCAAAAAGUAAUUUUAAAGUAAAAAAAAGUAAAGUAGUUUUCCAAUAAUUUUCUUUUUAAAUUUUUCAAGUAAAACAGUUGCACAAAAACGUUUUUAUUCCCAGAUUGAUACGAUAAUUCCCCAGUAAUUUUUGGAUUUUUCCUCAAAUCCUGCGAUUAAGCAGCUAAGGUUAAAAAAAAAAUCUGAAUUUCUGUGUAUUAUUUUAUUUAAUAUUGAACCUUUUGGACUCUGGAAAACGAGACAAGUAAAGGCUUUGUCUUUUUUUUUUUUUUUUCCAAUUUUUAUUCUUUUUAGAUGCUAUUAUGCGCUUUUUAUACCUAUUUCGUUUCUUAAACUCACAUGUUAAUUUUUACAGCAUUUGGUUUAAGGCACAAAACGUUGUUUUAUCUUGUUAUUCUGAAGUUUUCCUGAGAAUUAUUGUUGCAAUGAAACUGUUUUAUUGUCGUGUAUAAAGUUGAUGCUUCCUCAUAAAAGUCUGUUUGCUCUGUAAACGCUUUGAUUUGUCAUAAAUAAAUGCAGUUUUAUAACUUGAUAAA